AUGCAAUCAUGCCGCUCAAUUGUUACGCCGAUAGUUACCAAUGUCUGUACCAACAACACUGUAGAAGAAGAAGCAUAUCCCAAUGCUACGAUGUAUCGCUGUCUUGUCGGAGCUCUGCAAUAUCUUACUUUCACUCGACCAGACAUCACUUAUGCUGUUAACUAUCUGUCACAGUUUAUGCAUGCUCCUUCCUUGCACCAUUUUCACUUGCUGAAACGUAUUCUUCGCUAUAUUCAGGGCACUAUUUCUCCUGGAAUGCAAUUUUUUAAGCCUAACAAAUUAUCAAUCCGCGCUUAUUCUGAUGCAGAUUGGGCUGGCUGCCCCUCCACUCGUCGUUCUACUACUGGCUACUGCACGUUUCUAGGCCCCAAUUGCAUUUCUUGGGCAUCAAAAAAGCAACAAAGUGUUGCGUGA